AUGGCGAAGCGCAAGACCAAGCGCGCUCAAGCCGUGGCACCGGUCGUCCCACCUGUCGACCUCUCCUUCGACCAACCUUCGGUCGGACUCCUGUCUCUCUCCGCAGAGGUGCGCAACAUGAUCUUGGGGUAUGCAUGCGAAGGCACCGUCAUGCAAUACCGCCGCAAAGAGAACCUCGCCGGAGCGCAGCGCCGAAAGGGAGUGGGAAAGAUGUCGGCGCGCGAGAGUGGCAAGCCCACCGCCCCAUUCUUCCUCGCAUGCAAACAGAUGUACUCGGACUGCAUCCAGGUGUUCUAUGCAACAUCCUUCUUCCACUUUCGAACCUUUCGUGGCCUCGAGGGUUGGAUCCAGUCCGUACGCAUCGACAAUCUCGCUCUGGGGGGGAACGUCUUCGUCUGGUCCGAACACGACAACUUCCACGUCCUCCCCGAAGCCUUGAUUAGAUUCAAGAACGGCGAGAAGGUGUUUGGCCAGCAGAACAAGGCCGGGAGCUGGAAGUGGUGGACGGAAAGAAACGCACCAGAGAUCCAGGCUCUGACCGCUUGA